AUGAGAGCAUCAUCCUCGCGCAUCUUUUUCCUCCUUUUCCUUUCCGUUUCCGUUUCCAAUGUUCGCUUUGAAGUCAACGCCGAGGAGGCUUUGACGGAGGAUAACGGCGAGCUCGGCUUCGCGAAACAGUUCAACCCUUCACAGAACGAUGAAUACGAUAACCAGGAAGUGCACAUGUAUUACGGCUCGUUCGGGGGCGCGUCAAACUGCGAAAACUGCCUCGUCAAAGCGCGAUGGCUGGCGGAAAAAUUGAGGGUGGACACCUUGCACGUUCCGGCGUGUAAACGAAAACCGGGGGACGAAGAGCAAUUUCCAACGAUGAACCCGAUGGAGUAUUUCGACGAGAGGAGUUUACGUUCGUGUAACAGUAAGAGUGCGGUUCUCGCGAUGGAUGGGGGUGAUGGCGAUACGUAUGAUUCGUCGUUGGCGUCGCCGGCGUAUUCGUUCAACGUGGAAAGUUUAGGAAGGAGGAUCACCGCGGACGCGGUGAACGGGAUGCCGUGUUUCGAGCUCGUCGAAGGGUGGUGCGAGAUUGAGAAGCACCGUCUCGGGGAGUAUUUAAUACCGAAGCAUAAGUAUAAAGUUGAGUGGAAAGUGGUGACGUCGAAUUUAGAGGAAGCGAAAGAGAACGCCGGUCCCGGGAAGGAGAUUUAUUUCGCCGGGAUGUACGAUUUCGAGCCGGUGGAUCCAAAGACCGGGAAGAAGUAUCCGAACGUGUGGCAGAAAGAGGCGCAAAGGUACGUGAAAGGCGAGACGGAGAAGUUAGGGUGGGCGGAUGAAGCCGUGGAGAAGAGGCGAAGGGAGCGAGACGCGGCGAGAGCGAAGAAAGCAGCCGAAGCGAAAGAGAAGAAUUUUAACAAGGACCGCCACGACAAAAACAACGACAUCAGUACCUUUGGGUUAUUGCCAACUGGUGAAACGCUCGGACGCACCGUCAAUCAACAAAACAUACCGCGCAGAGAUAUGUUUUUAGCUCGAGAACAACAAAUUAGACAGCAGCAGUUGCAAGCGGAACAUCAACUUUCCGAGGAGACUUUUCGCGAGGCGUGGAACGAAAACGCAAACUCGAACGCCAACAGACGACGGGCGAGAAACUUAUUAGCGUUUAGCAGCAUCGAACCGUGCUAUUCGAACGGGAACUUGAACGAUGAAAUCUACGAAGAAGCGAACAAAGAGAUUGAAAAGUUAAAGAUUGAACCGAGCGACACGUUGUGCGUCCACUGGCGCCAAGAGGAUUUCUUGUGGAAGAGAAUAGGCAACGAUUUCGUCAAAAACGUCAGCUACGCCGCGGAAAGAAUCAUUCACAGAGCAGAAGCUUCGAAAUUGAAAACCGUUUUGUUGUUGACGAACGACCCGGAGGUGUACCCGGACGACAAACGGUACGACGGUCGCGUCGCGGUGAACACUUUGCGAGGCAUGUUGCACGAAAUCGGCGGUUUACGCGUUGAGUGGUCCAUGCACCGGAACGAACCGGACAAGAGCAAAGCGAUUUACAUCGACAAGGCGACGUGUUCGAUGAUGGUGGAUUUUAUCGGAACCGGCAAGAGCUCGUUUACGGCAACCAUCAUGGACAUGCGCCAAACGCACGAGUUGUGUUUGAUUGACGAUCCGAAAGACGCGCGGUUGGGUAGAAAAAGCAAUCGUAGUAUUAAUAGUACAGAAGGGAACGCGUUAAAAACAACAGGAGAAAAAUCGGCGGCGUCGCCAGGGUUCAAGUAUAAGAUGUGUUUGAAAGAACAGUACGGCGGCGUCUCCCGCAACCAUCGAUCGCCGUUCAUCUUCCCGAGUGACGAAUUCGAACACCCGAUUCAGGCGGUGGAGACGCUCUUGGACAGCCAUACUAAGACCCCGUCAACGAACGAUGACGACGAUUCAGACGACGACGAUGGGGACGAAAUAGACUUAAGAGGCGGUCCGGAAGUCGUGGACGAGUACUUGGCCGAAAAGGAGAUCAAGACUUUUAAAUCGAAAGAGAAAAAGAUCGAACCGGAGGUUGAGAAAAUAAACCACGACGAGUACGUGCGAGAGUACCAAGAGGAGAACCAGCAGUCGAACGCGAUGAAGGAGUUUUCAGUUCUAGAUCCAUCGAUUAGCUCAGAGGAUUUGAAGUUAGAUUUGCGUGAGUUGGACGACGACGCUUCGGUAGAGUGCGAUCGGUGUUACGCGGCGAUGCCACAAUCAGAAGUCGCGACGCCAAACGCCGAGAUUUGGUUGACGACGCCGUCGUGCGAGAAGUGCGGAGUGCAGCUGUUGAGAGUGCAAAAACAACGCGCGAAUCAAGGAAGCGAGAAGAAGAAGAAGUAG